AUGUGUUUCGGGGGCGAGGCAAUGGGGCCGUUUGUGCUUCUAUUUGUGUACGGCACUCUUCAACGCGGAGAGAACAAUUACGCGUGGUGGAUGGCGGACCCAAAACACGCCACGUUUGUGGCGACAGCACGCACUGUGAAACGGUAUCCGCUGUUUGUGAAACUUUUGCCUGGUUCCGACGGGUGCUCGCCCUGCCUACUCAACCAACCCGCUGCGGGAGAUGUUGGCGAUGAUAGCAACUGCAAUGUGCGGAACAAUGAUGCUGGCGGUGUGACGCCUCAGUUUGUAGUGGGGGAGUUGUUUCUGGUGACACCAACAUUGAAGAGCUGCCUUGACGUCAUUGAGGAUGUCGAGGAGGGCGUGUACACCGUCGGCGAGAUCGAUGUUCUCCCCCUGGACAACGAGCAGGUGGUGGAGAGGACACUUCAUGUGGUCAAGGGGGAGGCGGUGAGGGCGCUUGUGUACUUUCGGACGAAGAACUACCCGCCUGACUGGAACUGCCCCGGUGCGGCGAACAGCACAUGUCUCAUGCAGCGUUUUUCAGCGAUGGAGUGCCUGCGUCUGUACGGCUCGCGUUUUGCCGGCUUUCCCGCCCACUUGCGUUACGCAGCGGAAUUACGAGACGGCCUUCAAAGACAUACCAGAUGGCCGUUUGAUGAUGUGUGCGGGGUGCCCCUCCGUCCUAAACCCAUCGUGCUUUUUAUUAUUGACGGCGUGGGUGACGCCACUUAUUCAGAGCUUGGUCAUCGCACACCGCUUGAGGUGGUUGCCGGUGUGCCUCCGCGGAGGUUAAAGGGUGAAGCCACGGC